AUGCAUUUCGCGCCGUCGGGGCUCCUGCUCGCCCAGCUCCACGCGUGCAUCUACUGGAGCUGCCUGUGGCCCGCCGGCUGCCAGCAGCAGCCGCCGCCGCGCCACGACCCUCCGCCGCCUCCCGCCGCCUGGAGGCAGCGGAUCCAGUGGGAGAACAACGGGCAGGUGUACAGCCUGCUCAGCCUCGGCUCCCAGUACCAGCCCCCCCGGCGCAGGCAAGCGGCGGAGGCGGCGGGCAGCCCCAUCCUACUGCUGCGGAACAACGGCACACUGUCGCGGAGAGCCGCCUCUCGCGCCACCACCGCCGCCGCGCAGCCCCAGCCCGCCGCCAGCAGUCGGGGGAGUUCCGGCGCACGGCACUGGUUCCAGGCGGGCUACCAGGCUCCCUCCGGUGGUCGCGGCGCUGCCGCCGCUGGGCAGCACAGCCAGGGGGCCGCCACCUCCGCCGGGGCAGCCAGGAGCAGCACCUCGGGGACGUCGCGCCCCAGCGCUCCCACCAGCCCCGACAGCGGCACCGGCACCGACGGCAACCGGAGCAGCACCGGGGCCGGCGGCCUGCCACCCCUCAGCAACUUCAGACCUGGGCGGGAAGAUGUCAUGGUAGGAGAUGACCCCUACAACCCUUACAAGUACACGGACGAUAACCCCUACUAUAACUACUACGACACCUAUGAGAGGCCCCGCCAGGGCAGCAGGUACAGACCCGGCUAUGGAACCGGCUACUUCCAAUAUGGUCUCCCUGACUUAGUGCCGGAUCCCUAUUACAUCCAGGCGUCCACAUAUGUUCAGAGGAUGUCCAUGUAUAAUUUGAGAUGUGCUGCCGAGGAGAACUGCCUGGCAAGUUCAGCUUAUCGAGCAGAUGUUAGAGACUAUGACAAUCGGGUACUCCUGAGAUUCCCGCAAAGAGUGAAAAAUCAAGGCACAUCAGAUUUCCUGCCCAGCAGACCCCGUUAUUCAUGGGAGUGGCACAGUUGUCACCAACAUUAUCACAGCAUGGAUGAAUUCAGCCACUAUGACUUGCUGGAUGCAAGCUCACACAGAAGAGUUGCUGAAGGACACAAAGCAAGUUUCUGUCUUGAAGAUACCUCCUGUGAUUAUGGAUAUUACAGACGGUACGCAUGUACAGCGCAUACGCAGGGACUGAGCCCUGGCUGCUAUGACACUUACAAUGCCGAUAUAGAUUGCCAAUGGAUUGAUAUUACAGAUGUAAAACCUGGAAAUUAUAUUCUAAAGGUGAGUGUAAACCCCAGCUAUUUGGUGCCUGAAUCUGAUUACUCCAACAAUAUAGUACGCUGCGAUAUACGCUAUACAGGACACCACGCAUAUGCAUCUGGCUGUACAAUUUCACCGUGA